CGGGACUGGGGCAUAAAUGGCAAAGUGGGACCGGAGAGCUCACCCCAGCCAUGCAGGCCCCUGGUCGUUGCUGUCACUGGGCCAGCCUGCCCGGCCCCAGCAUGCGGGAGGCGGCCUCCAUGUACGGCACAGCAGUGGCCGUCUUCCUGGUCAUCCUGGUGGCCGCACUGCAGGGCUCUGCGCCCACUGAGAGCCGCCUGCCCUACCACAUUCUUCUGGACCCCGAGGGGUCCCUGGAGCUCUCAUGGAACGUCAGCUAUGCCCAGGAGGCCAUUGACUUCCAGCUCCUGGUGCGGCGGCUUGAGGCUGGGGUCCUGUUUGGGAUGUCUGACCGCGGCAAGCCCGAGAACGCGGACCUGGUGGUGCUCUGGACCGACGGGGACACUGCCUAUUUUGCGGAUGCCUGGAGUGACCAGAACGGGCAGAUCCACCUGGACCCCCAGCAGGACUACCAGCUGCUGCAGGUGCAGAGGACUCCGGAAGGCCUGGUCCUGCUUUUCAAGAGGCCCUUUGGCACCUGCGAUCCCAAGGAUUACCUCAUUGAGGAUGGCACCGUCCACUUGGUAUACGGGAUCCUGGAGAAGCCGUUCCAGUCACUGGAGGCCAUCAACACCUCGGGCCUGCGGAUGGGGCUGCAGAGGGUGCAGCUCCUGAAGCCUGACAUCCCCACCCCGAAAUUGCCCUCAGACACGUACACCAUGGAGAUCCACACCCCCAACAUCCUCAUUCCCAGCCAGGAGACCACGUACUGGUGCCAUGUCAAAGAGCUCCCCAAGAACUUCUCACGGCACCACAUCAUCAUGUACGAGCCCAUCAUCACCAAGGGCAACGAGGAACUCGUGCACCACAUGGAGGUCUUCCAGUGCCCCCCCGAGAUGGACAGCGUUCCCUACUUCAGCGGGCCCUGCGACUCUGAGACAAAACCCAGCAACCUCAGCUAUUGCCGCCGAGUGCUGGCCGCCUGGGCCCUGGGCGCCGAGGCCUUUUACUACCCAGAGGAAGCUGGCCUUGCCUUCGGGGGCCCUGGGUCCUCCAGAUAUCUCCGCCUGGAAGUUCACUACCACAACCCGCUGGUGAAAGAAGGACAGCACGACUCCUCAGGCAUCCGCCUGUACUACACGCACAGGGUACGGCGCUUCGAAGCCGGGAUCAUGGAGCUGGGGCUGGUGUACACGCCAGUGAUGGCCAUUCCGCCGCAGGAGACUGACUUCGUCCUCACUGGCUACUGCACGGACAAGUGCACCCAGCUGGCACUGCCCCCCUCCGGGAUCCACAUUUUCGCCUCUCAGCUCCACACACACCUGGCCGGGAGAAAGGUGGUCACGGUGCUGGUCCGGGACGGGCUCGAGUGGGAGGUCGUGAACCAGGACAAUCACUACAGCCCUCUGUUCCAGGAGAUCCGCAUGCUGAAGAAGGUCGUGUCGGUUCAUCCGGGAGAUGUGCUUAUCACGUCCUGCACGUACAACACGGAAGACCGGGAGCAGGCCACCGUGGGCGGCUUUGGGAUCAAGGAGGAGAUGUGUGUCAACUACGUGCACUACUACCCCCAGACGGAGCUGGAGCUCUGCAAGAGCGCGGUGGACGCCGGCUUCCUGCAGGAGUACUUCCGCCUUAUCAACAGGUUCAACGGCGGCAAGGAGGUGUGCACCUGCCCUCAGCCAUCCGUUCCUCAGCAGUUCGCCUCUGUUCCUUGGAACUCCUUCAGCCGCAAGGUGCUGCAGGCCCUGUAUGGCUUCGCGCCCAUCUCCAUGCACUGCAACAAGUCCUGGGCCGUCCGUUUCCAGGGUGACUGGAACCUGCAGCCGCUGCCCAAGGUCAUCUCCUCGCUGGGAGCGCCCACCCCACAGUGCCCCCCCAGACAGUGCCCAAGCCCUGCCAGCCCCACCAUUAUCAACAUUGUUGGGGACAGAGGCUGAGGGGGGACCUCGCCUCCCCCUCCUCUGUGCUGUCCCUGUGGGCUCACACUGGCUCUGUGACAGCUCCCAUGGAACAGCCCUGCAUGCCCAGGAUGAAGGGGCCAGACCAUGCCCUGCCUAAGAUCACAGUCCAAUCCAGCCUUCUUCCCCGGGGUAUCCUGCAUGUCUGAGAGGGAACGGGGGCCCUGAUGACCUGCCCUGGACCAAGUGUGCCAGGACCUUGUCUGCCCACACCCGCUGGCUCAGUGCAGGGUCCAGCCCUCCACCUGCCCUGUCCCUCCUCACAGGCUAGGUCCCUGGGACAGGCGCCAUGCUGGGCCAGGGCACAGACUCACCCUGGAUGCUCCCUCCCCCGCCCCGCUGCUCCCCGUGAUGGUGAUUUGUGUCAGUGCGCGGCGGGUGCUGCUUAGACAUUUCCCCGCUGAGUGGCUGCUGUUUCGCAGUGGGCGGCUUCCCUGCGAUGGAGGCAGGACCAGGCACUUAGCUAGUUAGAGACUCGUCGGGGAAAUUGCUCCAUUGCUGAGUAAAUAGACAUUUUCGCCCACCUAAAGGAAAGCCCUGACAGCUAUCACCACCACCAAAAGACGAAGCAGUGAAGCUCCAGCCGGGCUUCUGGGCGCUGGUUCCACGGGGGGUGGAAUGGUUCGCACCAACUUUCUCCUGUGGGUGUGGCCGGGGCCGGACAGACCGGGCUGGAGUCAGGGCUGUGCUUUCAGCGUGAUUCUGCCACUCCGUGGAGGUGUGCCUUGGGCGGGCCAUGUCACAUUCCUGACCCUCGCUUUUCUCAUCUGUAAAAUGGGCUAAUGAGCCAAUAAAGCUCACACUCGGGCUGGCACCCACUGGAGGUGGG